AUGGCAGUCACUCCUCCCUCAUCCGUAGACAUAGAAAUGGCCGAUGCCGCCUCAGCAACUUCCGGGCUCACCACCCCGCCAGAAGAACACGGUUCAGUCUACGAAGACGUCGUCGAGAGGAAAGCAAGCCCCACCAACAAUCAAAUCGCCUCGCUCCAAAAAAUCAAUCUAGAGUCUCCCAUCACCAAUACCGAGUCACCGACGAUGGCGAGACGAUCGUCGCGCAACAGGAACAAACCCAAGCCGGUCGUCACGUCACCAACGAGGCCGGCGAAGAAGAAGAUUGUGACCAGGAAGCCGAAGUGGACUGCGGAGAAGCUGUUGACGGAUGCUAAGUCGCCUCUUGCCAACGCGGAUCUCAGAACCAUUCUCUGCCAGCCUGCGGCGUGGGAUGUUCUUUCGCCCACCGAUCGCGCCGAGAUCAUGACGCUAUUCCCCGACGGCACGAAGAUCCUGGACGAAGGCACGGACAACGCGCGCCCCGACUUCGAGGCCCUCCUCAACGACGACAAUUUCCGCCACGACUGCGCCACCUACACUGAUAACAUUGCCAGGGGAAAACACGACCCGGAAUGGCUCGAGCAGGCGUGGGCUGCGCGCGAUCGCCGCAGGAUAGGCGACUUUGACGAGUACCUCGCGCAGAAGUUCGAGGAUGAGUGGAGCUGCAAGUUGCCUGCCGCGUCCGGAGAGAACGGUACGAAGGGUGGCGAGAAGGUUGAGUCUCCUCCGAAGGUUAUGGACAAUCUAGAGCAGCCCGCUCCGCCUAGAGCAAUUGCAGAGCCGAACUGGGACAACGAGGUUGAGGUAGCCGUAGCCGUCGAGGAGCCCUAUAGUGAGGGUGAGAGCGAAGGUGAAGGCGGCCCGGACCAAACGGAAGCCGAGAUUCAAGACUCGCAAGCUUCGAAUGAUGCGAACACAGACGCGAAAGACGAGUCUCCUUCUCCGGAUGGACCGCGAGUCACACUGGGGUCACCAGUCCCUGGGGACAGCGAAGAUGGGUCGAAGGGUGGGCAAUGA